AUGACAACUCCGGAUGUCUAUCGAGAUGCGGAAUACAUCGCUGACGUAUCCGGCAUCCCGCAUGGAAGCGUCGCGGACCUCACGGGGCCGCAAUCUGGUGAUGAUGGCCGCUUCAAGAAACUGCAGUCGGCAGCGAAAGUCGCGUUCAUCGAUCGCUUACUCCGCGAUCUCGAUAUCUUGAUUUACUGCCAGCUAUCCGCACUGUAUUACAUGGAUUGCUCAAUCAUACUUUUCGCACUCCGUGCUAUUGUGCAGCUAAUAUUCUUCACUCCCAAGGCACCUCCAUUUGACCCCACGCGGAAUCAACCUUUCAUCGGGGCCAUCUUCGCCAGUAAUGUGUUCUGUAUGAUUCACCACAAGUUUUUCGGUCAGCCGGAGGCUGGAGAAGCAACGAGAGGCUAUCUGCAUGGGGGAUUGUUGAUAGACUUUAUUGGACAAAAAGCUCCCGUCUCGGUAGCCCGGCUUCUACUGUCGGACUUGCUUGUGCUGUUCCUCGACCUGGUGAUGCUAGGUCUGAUUGUGGAACGGGUGAAGACGACUGAAGCGACUGCGCCCGUAUCCACGAUACCAGGUGUAAUAGAGACACCCAGCGAUCAGGAUCAUGAUUCCGAGGAGCGCGGCGUUCUCCGGAGCAGCUCGGCUCAACCCUCCGGCGAUGGCAUAGAGCUUAGUGAGAUACGUCCACGCGAUGAACAUAUGGAUCUUAGUACGGACGAGCAACUGGAGCGAACGGAGCUGCUGGCGGAUCCUUCAGAAGGCGGACGUAUAUCUGGUGCCAGGAAUAGCCACGCCAUGGAUGCUUUUGCGUCAGGAGAGGCAGUGAUCAUGGACCUCGGUAUCUUUAAUAUCAUCCGGGAUCAAUGGCGUUAUAGUCCGGCUGUGGCAAGGCGAACUUCUGCUUAUAUGCCCUCCGACCAGACAGCUACUUUUCUUCGAGAACGCUUUGGAUUGCAGGUCAACUCCGAGGGACGCCUUGAGAGAGUAGCGACAUGA